AUGGUAAUGAGAAGUGUUCUACGUAUUCACCUUCCCAAAAAUAUCUUUAAGAAUGUACAAGGGUUACAGAGACAUACAAGCAAUGCUCCUUUAAUACAUUUCAAUUCACAGCAAUCACAUGAAAAUUCUGAUAAUAAUGUGCUGCAGAAAGUUAAUGGAGACUUGUCCACAAUUGCUCCAUAUCUUCCUAAUACCUUCAAUCUGGCUGCAUAUGUAAAUCAUUCUGAGACAUUACAAAAUUUAAUCAAUCUUAAUGUGAAUUUGAGCAAAAUAGAAAAGAAGCCUUUCAUUGCAGAGAAAAUUAUAAAGCUGAAUUUUGAUGACAUUAAGAAUCAUAUUUUAUUCAUAAAAGAUUAUGCUGGCAUUGAAAAUAUUGCUGGUUUUAUAACAAAAAACCCUAUGAUUUUUUAUGAAGCCCUUGAAGAUCUGAAAGUGAGAUUAAAUUAUUUACAGUCCAAACAGUUUUCAAAUGACCAAAUAAGUAGAAUAAUCUCGAAAAAUCCAUUUUGGCUUAUGCUGAGCACUAAGAGGAUUGAUAGAAGAUUGGGAUAUUUUCAAGAUAAAUUUCAGUUAUCAGGCAGUGACCUCAGAAUGUUAGCUACAAAGCAACCAAAGUUGAUUACAUAUAAUCUCCAUCACAUUAAAACCAAUUCAUUUGUAAUAAAAGAAGAAAUGGGUUUUGACGACAAUGAAAUAAAAAGAUUACUUCUUGAUAAACCAAAAUUAUGGAUGAUAGAUCAAAAGAAUUUAUUGCAUAGAUUCAACUAUAUUCACAAUACAAUAAAGAUACCUCACAAAUACAUUCUAAAUUAUCCUGGUGUACUGCUUUGUAGAAACUUCAAAAUAAAACAAAGACACCUUUUUUUAGAGAAAUUGGGGAGAGCACAAUACAAUUCAAAGAAAGAAAAUUAUGUUCCCUUAAUAGCAUUAGCUGAAGACACAGAUAUACAGUUUUGUAAAACAUAUGCAAAAUGUAGUGUUUCAGAUUUUAAUGAUUUCCUAAAAACUCUAUAAUUUAUCCAGUUUUUCCAAGUAGCAUUUUAUUUUGAAAUGCAUUUAGGGAAUGGUAUAAGAGUGAAUCCAGAAUUCCAGCAACAGUAAAAACUCCACCAACUAUUGCACAUAUAUUUGUGGCAAAAUGACCUAUUGACCUGAAAAAAAAAGAUAUCUAAAUGUUAAAUACGCACAAUAUUUUUUGCAGCUCUUAUAUAUGAACAAAGUGAAUAGAAAUAUAUAUAAAUAAUAAAACGAUUUUGUUUUCUUACCUUUCUUUUUCAGUAUAUUUUACCAUUAAUGGAGAAAGUUCAUAACUAAAGAAUGCACCAGGCAUACCCGAUUCUGCAUUGAUGUUAGAAACCGAUUUUUGAUGUCUUGUUACAGAGAAUUGAUUGGUAUUCAGAACUGUUUUAUCUAAUUUUAUAUACAUUGUAGGCACAAUUUUUAAAUAAUAUUGGAACAUCACUGCACCUGAAAUUUUAUGUAUAUAUUAAAAGUAUGAAAGUUAUGUAAAAAUCGUACACACCUACUAAUUGGAACUACCUACUGAACCGAAAGUCCAACAUUUUACACUACAUAAUAUUAGUAUAGAUUAAACUUAUGCCGGACUGAUUUAGAUGAAAAGUAGGCAUAUGAAUAGAAACCCAAAUGUAAAAUAGUUUAAGUUUUCUUAAAUCAUCUUCCGCACUGUGUUGAGGGUUGAUAGUUUGUAUGAAAAAUUUGGUUAUGCCAAACAGCUAAAACAAUUUUUAUAAACGAGUUAAAGUUCAAAAAUAUACAUAAACAAAUAAAAUGUGUUCUGUUUUUGCUUUUUGCCUACUAAACUAAUGCAGUUGCACAAUUCACGAAGUCGCGGGUAAAAACAUUUAAAUAGGUUUUAAGAUGAGGUUUUCUUUGCAGCAUUUAAAGAAUUGAUACAGAACAAAGAAAGGAAAUGUCGUUGUCACAUUGACAUAAAUCAACCAUUACAUGCACGAAUGACAGCAAGUGGAAUUUCAGAAAAUUCAGAAAAAAAUAAAGGGUCUUUCCAGAUAGCUACGGGAAAGAUUGAGAACAAAACAAGCGAAUUAUAAAAUAAAGUUAAUCUUUAUAAAAAAAAACAACUCAGUAAUAUCAAAAUUAAGAUGCCGGUCCCAGGUGGAAUGUAUCAAAAUCAA